CAAAGAUCCAUUUGUGUAUUUGCCCAAAAACGCAUAGUAUUAGUAAUCUUCAUUCAUAACUUUAGAGAAAAUGCAGGUGUUGAAUUAUUUAAAAUUUCAAAUAUUCAGAUGUGUGGUUUCGCUUUCUUACUUUGAAACACUUGUUUUAGUUCGUCAGGGUCACAUCGGACAUUUUGAUGGUUUUGCGUAGAAGAAUGAGGAUGGAUAGUUCCCGUCGUGUCUAUCGGAGUAAUGUACGUAGAAUACAGACUGGUCAAUAUCGCAAUCCCCCGCCCCCAAAUUAUGCGUCAAAAUAUUGCGACUCAAUAGUACACGCAGCACCUAAGCCUGAGAGCUUACCACUUCCUCCUGACGAAUGGAUGCCGUUCUGCGGUAGUUCAAGUGAUUUAAGUGGAGUAACCCAGCACCUAAGACUGUUACUUAGAAUACAAACUGCUUAGUUCAUUUCCUUUGCAUUUUUCUUUUCUCAAUUCCACAUGUAAAUAUUUUUUUAUGUACAUAGAUAUAUAUAAUACCCGCCCUUUUAAGGGCACAUAACUUCGCUUUUCUUAUUGCUUAAAUCAGUUUGUGAGCCGUUAAUUGCCGCUCAUUUCAUAUGAACAUGAGUUCGAGCUUCUGUUCAGUAAGGAAAUGAGUUGCCAUUUUGCAGAAGAAGGAUGGUAGUUCUGCUACAUCACAUCCCAGAAAUGUAUUUUUUUGUAGGUUAUUCUGAUUAUGCCUAACGUCGCCCGAUUAGUUUUGCUCUGCUACUUAGCUUUACUGUUGCAUGUCUGUAUUUCAGACAAAACACUAUUCAUAGGCUAUGUACAUGUACCGGUCUAGAGAUUUCGUUUUCAGUAAUACUUGUGCUACACAUAACGAAUACCUACCUGUUGUAAAAUUCGAUGCGGAAUACGCUCUGUUAGCUACUGUUAUGCUUGUCGUCGACUCCAGGUCUUGUAUGUAGUUGAUAGCCUUCGCUCACUAAGAUUCCACGAAAGAUCUUCGUAGUCCUUGAAGUGGCCUUACUGUGUAAGGUAUGAUUUGAUGCACAUGUAUCUCUAAAUUAUAGGGGUUUUCUCUUUGCCAUACAGUGAAAAAGGUCUUAAGAUUCUGUAGCGUUACUAUUUUAAGCCGAUGACGAAUUUUGGAAAUAUGUAAACGGAUAUUUGUACUAUGUGUAUUUGUAUAUUCAGCCUAUGACAUAAGUACGUUUACAUCUUUAGCAUCCUUAAAUUUGUAUUCAGCUCUGCAAAUAUAUGGUACAUAUUUCUGAUAAACUCGAACGGUCCCCACCUAAUCAUGUUUCGCAAAGUGACAGCCGUAUCUCUAGGCCAAGUUCCUCAUUACUUGAUGUUUCAAAAGGGAGCCAGGUAUUGUGAGCAGCUGACGCAAAUGACAGCUAGAAAGACAGUCUAUAUUAAUUUGCACCGGGCAGAUGAUUACUACUAAAUAUUAGGCUCUUCAUUAUUUGCAGACAGGGCAACGUUGUGUGUAAGAGCUCAUCUUCACGAAGUCACUUAUCCUACUGAAUCAUCAGAAAGUGGAAGUAUUACUGUUUCGGAAUAAUAUCUUCACUCGGUUAUUGUGUUCAUUUAAUCCAGACCUAAAAUGCCUGUCAAUUGUCAUAAGUGCCUUCGUCAUUAUUCAGUUGGUCUCUAGUAAGUUACCACUUAUAACCUAAACAAAGUAUACUUUUUGUCCAUACUUGUGGUGAGUAUAGUUUUAUUUCGGCCACUUAAGCCCUUAGCCGCAGUCCAUUCACAUACUGGUUGUAGUUUCAGGUGAACAACUCUCCCAUUGUGGUCGAACGUAACUCAUUAAAUAUACUAUCGAGCUUGGAUAGUGCAAUAGGAAAUUGUACCCCAAGGAUGGCUGCAUUUGGAGUGUAAUUUCGGAGCAAAUGGUUGACUGCUACCAAAAAACCGUAACUGUUACGAGUUUGUGGGUUUAUCUGCUAAACAGAACUUUAUGGAAGAGGCACCGGUUUUUUUACUACAAAAGCAUUUUCACUAUUCCCUAUAGAUUUACUUGAAUUUUGAGGUGUGGGGGCGUUGUAAUACUCACCUCAUACAAUGUUUCGUAAUUGGGUCAUUAUCUAGUAGCUCAAGAGACUGUAUGAUUCCUGUCUCCAGUUAUGGGUAGCUGCUUUAAUGAAUAUUUAACUGUUCAUGCUAAUUAUAUUAUUAUAGGGUCACCCUUAAGAACGAGAAGGUUGUUUGGUUGGUGGAGUUGUGCAUUACACCUUAUACCGAAAUUAAAAGUUGGCAAGGGUUUUUUAGUUUGAGCUUCAUGCCCAAUUUUCUAAAUUUAUAAUACAUUUGAUUUGUCUCGAUUGUAAGUCACUCUUGGGUACUUCUACUACAAAUUUAUUCAUGAUUACAUUAGAUUCUUGCGGGUUUAGGUUGUGUAUCUUUCUAUUUAAUGUAGGAUAUAAGAAACAGUUUUGAUCCCCGUGUGUGACUUCAGUUUGUUCGUGUAUCCCAUAUUUUAUGUCUCGCAUUAAUUCAGCGUUCAUUCAAAAAGUCGGGAUAUGUGUAUUGAGGAUACUUUUACUUCAUAUCUUGUACAGAAAACUUGAAAAGGUUAUAAUAAUUUCUGUCCAAGUCCUAGAGUAAGUCAUAUGGAUCAUAUGCCGAAACUCCCAUAUAUGAUGUGUUCUGAUGGAUGGCCUUUAUAUAUCUUAAAAGCAGAUAAAACAUCGAGUUCUACUUGAGUUAUAAACCCCCAUCAUCUCAGUGAUUAGUAGUCUUAACAUCUCUGGUGUUCGGUAAAUAUCAGCGAUAUAAUAUGAACUCAGGGCAGUCGGGUUAACUGCUAGUUGAUUAACCGUGGCACUGUCGAACUAAACACCUAAUCUAGACUACGAGCAGACAUUUGUUCGGUACUAGUGUGUAUUAGACUAUUGGCUUCCGUCAUAUAGUUUGAUUAAAUCCUGAGGAAAAUUGACUCACGAGGUGCAGGCUGGUUUUCAUUCUGGUCGAGGACUUAUUGGUCACAUCUUCACCUUCCGCUAAACGUUAAAACACCUUCAUACUCAUCACAGGUCAACAAUCAUAGUGCUUCUUGACAUGAUUGCUGCCUUCGAUUUGUUGGACGGAACUGUUCUCUGGGAUUGUCUAUUG